CUGACGCCAUCGCUGCGGGGCGGAGGCGACGCGGUCUGAGGAGAGGCUGUUCGUGCUGCUUCUUUGGACCCCUGGCUGCGCGACAGCGAGUCUCUGCCUCCGUAAGCUUUUCCCUCGUGGUCCGCCCACGGAGAGCCCCGCGUGGAGAUGGCAGACGAUCUUGGAGACGACUGGUGGGAGAACCAGCCGGCAGGAGCCGCCAGCAGCCCAGGUGAGCUAUGACAGGUUGGCAGUCUACAAUUCAAAGGAGUGCCCUCACCAGGACUUCACUAUGCUCACACCCUGAUCUCAGACUUCCAAUCUCCAGAACUAAGCAUCAGAUGGUGAAGGAGGGGGAGACGUAGAAAUGAUGCAACAGGAGACAGCUCCAGUUCCUGUCCUGUCGAAGAAAACCAAACAGCCUAUGGAAUGUUUCUUGGUACAACCAAAGGAAACAAAGGAAGAUGCCACCAAGACCAGGAAGAGGAGAAAGAAGAAAAUUACUGACAUUCUUGCAAAAUCAGAGCCAAAACCUGGGACACCUGAAGACCUGCAGAAACUGAUGAAGGACUAUUACAGCAGCAGUCGCUCAGUGAUUGAAUUAGAAGAACUGAAGCUACCAGACUCCUGUUUCCUCAAGGCCAACGAUUUGACUCAUAGUCUUUCAUCAUACCUAAAAGAAAUCUGCCCUAAGUGGGUAAAGCUUCGGAAAAACCAUACAGAGAAGAAGUCAGUCCUAAUGCUGAUCAUCUGCAGCUCUGCCAUCCGAGCCCUGGAGCUCAUUAGGUCAAUGACAGCAUUCAGAGGAGACAGCAAAGUUAUGAAAUUAUUUGCAAAACACAUAAAGGUCCAGGAACAGGUAAAGUUGCUGGAGAAGCGUGCCGUGCACCUGGGUGUAGGAACUCCAGGGAGGAUUAAAGAACUCGUUAAACAAGGUGGCCUUAAUUUGAACCCCUUAAAGUUUCUGGUUUUUGACUGGAAUUGGAGAGAUCAGAAGUUGAGGAGGAUGAUGGACAUUCCCGAGAUAAAAAAGGAAGUUUUUGAACUUCUGGAAAUGGGAGUCCUCAGUCUGUGCAAGUCGGAAUCCUUGAAGCUGGGCCUCUUCUAAUCUGUGUCCCAGUGAAGAUCCCAGGGUUAAGUGCCUCUUAUUCAAUGGCUCAGACACACUGCAGACACUCAGUACAAAUCAGCUGCUGUUUUAUUGCAUUAGCCGCAUCACCAGGUAGACCCCUGGGAAUGUGUGAUCAACAUGAAUCUGUCCUUUGCCAACCCCUUGUAUAAUAAAAUAUUGCCAGCUUGUUCUUCUCUCACCGAAUGGCCUCUGAUGUGACUGUGCUGGGCCAGCUUAGGCAAAUGCUUCCCUCUCUGAGCCUCAGUCUCAUCAGCUGCAAAAUGGGAAUGAUAUUUGGCAGGAUUGUUGAGGAUUCCAUGUGAUGGUACAUGUGGAACAGAUUUGCAAACUACAAAGCCUGGUCCCAGUGUGAAGCAUGGCCGUAGUAGUAGUAGGAAGAGCUGCAAGUGUAUGUGGCACUUUGUAAAUACAAAAGACAACAAUAUAA